GGGGGUGCUCCGCUGGGAGGGGCGGAGCUGCGAGACUGGGUCAGUGUGCACACACGGAGAGCACUUCAGAGUACUGCGUCUGGUACUGCAGCAGUGUCCUGCUCUGUGAUUGGCCCCAAAGAUGUCGUCAGUGAAGGUGCACCCCAUAGUGAAAUCAAGCGCUCUGAUUGGUGAAGGGCCGGUGUGGGAGGAGUCAGAGCAGACCCUGCUGUUUGUUGACAUCAUAGGGCAGAAAAUCCACCGAUGGAGUUCUGCGACCAAUCGCAUCCAGUCUGUGGAGACAGCUGACACAGUGGGCUUCGCGGUUCCUCGCAGGUCAGGCGGGUACGUUGCAGGUGUGGGUCGCAACAUUGUGGCUGUUGAUUGGCAGACGCACAAGGUGACAUCACUGGUGGAGGUCGAUGAAGACAAACCGAACAACCGCCUGAACGAUGGGAAGGCUGAUCCGAGUGGACGACUGCUGACGGGUACGAUGUUAAAAGAUUACCCGUCCGAGGAAAGGAAACAAGGAGCUCUGUUCUCUGUAGCCCCUGACCUCACUGUGACCAAACACCUGAGCCAGGUGGACAUCUCUAAUGGGAUGGACUGGUCUGAGGAUCAGAAGACGUUUUUCUACAUCGACAGUUUGGCUCUGACUGUCGACGCCUUCGACCACGACCCCAGCACUGGACACAUUGGUAAUCGCCGUGUGGUAUGCCACAUUCAGGAGGGGGAAGGGAUUCCCGAUGGGAUGACUCUUGAUGCUGAAGGUCGUCUGUGGGUGGCCUGUUACGACGGAGGGCGGGUCAUCAACAUCGACCCUGCUACUGGUGUGCGGCUGAAGACGAUCUCUCUGCCGGUGACGAAGACCACCUCGUGUUGUUUCGGAGGUCCAGACUACUCUGAGCUCUACGUGACCUCGGCCAGUCUUGGCCUCAACCAGUCUGAAAGCAAACAGCAGCCCCUGGCUGGAAGCACCUUCAGGGUCACAGGACUCGGGGUCAAAGGUCGACCUUCAUACGCUUUCUCCGGAUGAACUUCAGGAGGAGAAGACCUGAUCCAUCAGUGAACUCUAACUGCCAAUCACAGCACAGAUCAACAUGAUGAACUAAUCAACAUGUUUACUGAUUACUUGUCAGUCAAUCAGUGUACUGAUACAUGAUUAACAAUCAUCAAUCACACAGAUUAAUGAUGCUUUUUGUUGGAAAUAAAACCUGAGUAACAGAGGGA